AUGUGUGAAUCCAAAAGCUUGACUCAAUGGCUUCUCCAAGUUGUGGCUCUAUUAGGCCUCAUGGCCUUCUUUCUAUGGCUUGGCUUGCAUCCCAGAUCCCCAACCUACACCAUUGUGGGAUUCUCCGUUCCGGUCUCCAACAAUGGCAGUAACACUGCUACGGUUGGCAAAGGCAAUGACCGGAAUAGAACUCUCACAUUCUACCUGGAGAUUGAAAAUCCCAACAAAGACUCUAGUGUCUACUACGAUGACAUAUUGUUGAAAUUUUAUUAUAAUCGAGUUACUGUGGGGAAGAAAGCACUGCCUUCUUUUCGUCAGGGACAAGAUAAGACCAGUCAAUUUAUAGACAGAGUGGAUGCCAAUGCAAUCGUAUGGAAAAAACUUCGCAAUGCAAUAGCAAAUAAAACUGCAGAAGUGAAGGUGGAUUUAGUAACCAAGUUUCGGUAUAAAAUGUGGGGUCGUAUGAGUAAGCAUCACGGGAUGAACUUGCAGGGUCGUGUACCCAUUGGAUCAGACGGAAACAUUUCUGGUAAGAAGAAGAUUAAGCUAAAACGAGAUUCCAAGAAAUGA